CGAGCUGGCGGUCUGGCAGCCGGGCUGGAGGCUCGGAGCUCGUCCCACGCUCCCGCUCAUCCCUGCUUGGGUGGGCGAUGGAGCGCUGGGGGAGGGGGUUCCUGGGCACGGAGCGAAGGCUCCGAGUGUUCAUUUUGUGCGAGACUGACAUCCACACCAAGUUGAGACUCCCAGCCGUGUAGCGUGCAGGCACGUGCUGUAGCGUUCAUGAGUGCAGAUAUAAAUCAGGCAGAUGUUUGUCGGCCGGAAUGGCGCCAAAUCUUAAAGGCAGACCGCGCAAAAAGAAGCCAUGCCCACAGAGAAGAGAUUCAUUAAAUGGUAUUAAGGAUUCCAACAAUAAUUCUGAAAGCAAAGCUGUUGCCAAGGUAAAAUGUGAGGCUAAGUCAGCUUUGCCCAAACCCAAGAGUAACAACAGCAACUGUAAGAAAGGCUCAAGUGAGGAUAAAUCAAAGAUUGCCAUAGGUGAAGAAUGCAGAGCUGAUGAGCAGGCUUUCCUUGUGGCUCUUUAUAAAUAUAUGAAAGAAAGGAAAACACCAAUUGAACGAAUACCCUAUUUAGGUUUUAAGCAGAUUAACCUUUGGACUAUGUUUCAAGCUGCUCAAAAACUGGGAGGAUAUGAAACAAUAACAGCCCGACGACAAUGGAAACAUAUUUAUGAUGAAUUAGGUGGUAACCCUGGAAGCACAAGUGCUGCCACAUGUACUCGCAGACAUUAUGAAAGAUUAAUCCUGCCAUAUGAAAGAUUUAUUAAAGGAGAGGAAGAUAAGCCACUGCCUCCAGUGAAACCUCGAAAACAGGAUAACAGUUCCCAGGAGGGUGAAGCGAAAACAAAAGUGUCUGGAACAAAACGCAUCAAAAAUGAAAACCAAAAGAGCAAGAAGGAAAAAGAUAAUUCACAGAAACCCCAAGAUGCAUCUGAGGUUUCACCAGAACAAGAGAAGGAUCAAGAAUCAGCAGACCAGAAGAACUUGCCUGAACACUCUACAGUGGGAGAGAUGAAACAACCCGUGCAAGGCCCUCCAUCUCUUUUACCAGAGACAGCUCAGACACUCCCUCUGGAGAAGACAGAUAUGACAGAAAACAGUGAGAAAGCCAAGGAGGAGGUUCAGCACUCAUCCUCUUUCUCGAGUAUAUCCAUGCCCGCAGAAGAAGACACUGUGCUGGAUGCCACUGUCACAAAACGAUUACACCCCCCAGCAGAUGCCCUGGAAGACACAAAGCCUGAACAAAGACUACACAAAGCUUUUACUGACAGCCUAGAAAGUGAACCUCCAGAAAUGCCCUUCACAGCCUUCCCAGAUCAUCUACCCACUCAGAGUGACAUGGAAGAUGAGAAACUGCCGGGGAUGGCUGAUUACAUCGCAAACUGCACAGUGAAAGUGGACCAGCUGGGAAAUGAAGAUAUCCACAAUGCACUAAAGCAGACGCCCAAAGUACUGGUGGUGCAGAACUUUGACAUGUUUAAGGAAAAGGAGCUGCCUGGGUCCAUGAGUGAUGACUCCACUUUCAGUUACACACCUCUGCUGUACUCAAAAGGUAAUCCAGGCAUCAUGUCACCCCUGGCAAAGAAGAAGCUGCUGUCGCAGGUCAGCGGGACCACUCUCUCAUGUAGCUAUCCCUAUGGUUCUCCUCCACCUUUGAUCAGCAAAAAGAAGCUCAACAGCAGAGAUGAACUGUCCUCGGGCAUAUCACAAGGUCCCCAUGCCCCUAAUUCUGAUCCUGUAGCAAUUAAUAGGCCCUCAGUCAUACAGCAUGUACAAAGUUUUAAAACCAAGGAAGAAAGGAAGUCAAUUAAUGAUGUUUUUAAACGUGACGUGCUAAAUAAACCGGAUUCUCAGCGCUGUGAUUUUUCAAAACAUCACCUCAGUUCUCUUUCUGAGUCUUACCUACCGAAGUUGGAUAUCCAGGACUGCAAAGAUAAAUUGAGUGAGAAAAGGGUGCUGCAGCACUCCCAUGUGCCCACAUUCUUGGCAGAUUUCUAUUCAUCACCUCAUCUGCACAGCCUUUAUAGGCACACAGAACACCACCUUAAUAAUGAACAGACAUCAAAGUACCUCCCCCGGGACAUGUUCAGAGAGUCUGAAAAUAGUUGUACUUUUACUCAAUACAAACACCAAGAAAAACUAAAUUUAAAUUAUCGCCCGUCUUUGCAUCAGCAAGAAAAAAAGGCAACAGUGGAGGCUUCUUCAGAUGAUCAGCCAACAGAUCUGAGUCUUCCAAAGAGCAUACACAAACAGACUGCAAAGGUUCCAGGCUCCAGUCUCCCUCACUCAUCCACAGCCCAGCAUGAAUGCAAAGGGAUCUCCCCAUUCCAGGCUGGAAGCAGCCAGGCUGUGAGCCUAGACUGCAGCCCCAAAGCUAGCCACGUGUCCCCUAUGGCAUUGACAGCCCCAAAAAAACACAGUGAGUUGCUCCACAGGUCUGGGAAGCAGCAGGCCCAGAGGCUGGAAAACCUGAGGAAGAUGGAGGGGAUGGUGCAUCCUAUCAUCAGCCGCAGAACGAGCCCUCAAAAUGUUGGAGCUGCCCGGCCUCUGAAACGGAGCCUGGAGGAUUUGGACAAAGUAAUUUCUGAAAAAAAAAUCCGAGCUGUCUCUCCUAUUCACUUACCAAAGGAGACCGCAGCAAAAGACAAGGUUCCUGACCAAGAGGGGGAAGGUAGCAAGUCAGUGCAUGGCUUCCAUUCCAGCAGCAUGCUGGAAAGCCACAAAUUUCCCCUGUCAGCCCCCAUCUUCCCAGGCUUGUAUCCAGGAAGUCUGUGCACGGGGCUGAACAAUCGCCUCCCACCCGGGUAUUCUCAUCCCCUGCAGUACUUGAAAAACCAGACCGUGCUAUCCCCACUAAUGCAACCUUUGGCUCUUCACUCCUUCAUGGUGCAGAGACAAUUCCUCACAUCCCCUGCAAACUCCCAGCAGCUGUACAGACACUUAGCUGCAGCAACACCUGUAGGAAGUUCCUACGGUGACCUUUUGCAUAACAGCAUUUAUCCUUUAGCUGCUAUAAACCCUCAAGCUGCAUUCCCACCUUCCCAGCUAUCCUCUGUACACCCCAGCACAAAACUGUAAACCCCCUUCGCUCACAAAAAACGGUCUAAGGAGAAAAGUUCAGUUAACGACAUUCCUCCCCCUGUGACGGUGUCUUGCAGAUUUAGCAAUCUGUAUUUUUGUCAACCAGGAUGCAGUUGUAUCCCGCCUAGAGGAGCAUCUUGAAGUUUGAUGGAGACAGGACUACUUCCUUAAUUCUGGUUCCUACAUCAGCCCCCUCAGCCCUUAUCCCUGCCCUUGCAAAAAAGGAAAACCAACCAAACAACCAAACAACAACAACAACAAAAAAACAACAAC